UCAUACUUAUGGGCACAUUUGAACAAUUACCUCGUCAAACUGUAAAUAUAUCAAAUGUAUAAUAUUUUGUGUCUUGUCUUGUUUUGGUUGUUUCAAUUACAAAAUUAUAGGAUACGGAAGGUUUCAUUAUGGUUUGAUGUUCCUCUGCGGUAUGAUGUUCGUUUCCGUAGGUUUUCAAAAUGGAAUAAGUGCGUACAUUUUACCAUCGGCACAAUGCGAUUUAAAAUUGUCUUCCGAAGAUAAAGGUCUUUUAAAUGUUGGCUUUCUUAUUGGUGGUGUUAUCAGUUCACUCGUAUGGGGUAUUUUUGCUGAUGCUUAUGGUAGAAGAAACGUUUUAUUAUUGACACUUAUUAGUGACAGUAUUAUAUCAAUAAUCUCAAGUUUUUCACAAAGUUUCAACACUUUAUUAAUAUUCCGUGCCAUCAAUGGAUUCACAAUUGGUGCACCAGGAUCAUUGAUCUACACAUAUUUAGGUGAAUUUUAUCCAGAAAAGUACAGAGCUAAAAGUAUUUGUUACGUUAGCUUUUUCUGGACAUUAUCUUGGCUGAUAUUACCUGGUUUAGCAUGGGUAAUCAUACCACUGACAAUUUCAAUUGAAUUCAAUGGUAUUGCAUACAAUUCAUGGAGACUUUUAUUAGCAACGAUAAGUUUACCGGCGUUAUUGGUAGCAUUGGUUACAUUUACAUAUCCUGAAAGUCCGAAAUUUUUAACAUCUUCUGGCAAAACUGACGAAGCUUUGAGAAUAUUAAAAAAAAUUUAUUCUAUUAAUACUGGCAGAAAGGAAGAUGAUUUUCCGGUGAAAAUUCUUUUAUCCGAGAAUAUAACGAAAUCAGGGAAAGAAGGUACUUCAUUAUCAAUCCUAAACACAUUUACAGUAUUAUUAAAAAAUAUAUGGUUUCAAUUGAAGUUUAUUACGUCAAUGCCACUUUUAAAAUACGCCAUACUUAUCUGGACCAUAUUCUUCACCAAUAUGUUUGGUUAUUACGGAUUAGGUUUAUGGCUUCCAGAACUUUUCAAUCGUUUUGAAAUUUAUCAAAAUCUUCAUCCUAAUGCAAGCAUACCCGUUUGCGAUUUAAUAAGGCAAACUGAUACAUCGAAUCAUACGACUAUGAAACCAACUAUGUUAAAUGAAUCUGUUAUCCUAUUUCCAUUGAUGAAUGAGACUGAAGAAUGUAUUAGCAUUAUGGAUAAGAAGGUCUUUAUUAAUGCAUUAACGAUCAAUGCUGUUUGUUUAUUGGGUAAUAUAGCAUCUGGUUACUUCAUAAAUCGUGUUGGUCGUAGAACCAUACCAGUAACAACGAUGUUGGUAGCAGGAAUAUUUGGUUUGGCGACAUAUUUCGUUAAAUCAUCGAUACAAAUACUGGUAGUUACCUGUAUAUUUUCAUUGGCAAUAGCAACUGCUAAUUUUGUAAUAGGAAGCAUAGUGGUCGAUAUUUUUCCAACGCAUGUUGGUGCGAUAGCAAUCUGCAUGAUGACAUGCUUCGGUAGGUUAGGUGCCAUCGCGAGUAAUUUGGCCUUUGGUAUGUUACUCGAUAUCAGUUGCGAGGUACCAAUAUUCUUGGUUGGAAGCAUUGUUAUCGUCGGAGGUAUCCUUGGAUUGUUACUGCCAUUGAAAAAAAGUUGAAAGGAGGCAAAUUAUCUCGUACAAAGUGGAAACAUCACCAAAGCUCACAGCGCACAGUUGUUGUUUUUUUAUUUUUUUUUUUAUUUUUUUUUUAUCAAUUCCCCCAGAAUUUCUCGUAAUACGCAAUACUAGUCUCGUAUAGUUGUUUAAAAUUGAUUUUUAUUAUGAGGGAUUAUUAUUAUUAUGGAUCGGGAGAUCCUUAACACGUUGAUACGCCACGUCAGUCAUUGAUGGCUGACAUUAGACAUUUGGUUUAAGCUGCGUCAGUCACCACUGACUGACAGCGUAUAAUAUGACAUUUCUAAGUGGCACACGUGGCCUGACAGGGGACUUAAAAAUGGGCGUGGUGCUCAACGUGUGUUUAAAUAAUUUUAUUUAUUGAAAGUAGGUUGUAUAUAUAUAUAUACAAUACAUAGUAUGAAAAGUAUAUGAAUAAUG